CUGAAACCAUAGGCUUAUAGUCAAUAGUUUUAGUAUAGUUAGCGCUAGGUAACACUUAGUAUUUUCCAACAACACAAAAUAGAGUACAAUCUCCACCAUGGAGGCGAUAUCCCAAGCAGUGGCAAGGUUCACGCGUUCGCGGAACAUUCUGAGCAUGCUGACGUAUUUGAACCUGGCUGCCUAUUUAUGGCCGCAGCCAGCCAACAUGGACAUCAAAGGUGGUGAAAGUUUUGACUUUCUGAUCGUGGGAGGCGGGACGGCUGGAUGUAUAGUUGCAAGUAAUCUGGCGCAGAUGAACGUCAGUGUCCUUGUCAUAGAAGCUGGCUGCCAACCCCCUAUUGAUACAGAGAUCGCAGGAUUGUUUCCGUUCUCGAAAAACCGUGAGUUUGAUUGGAACUUCACUACUGUAGAAGAUUCAACUAAAAUAUACCACAGAGGAGGAGUGACAGAGGUCGAGCAAGGUAAAGUACUCGGUGGAUCAUCUAUACUUAACUACAUGAUCUACGGUACUGGUACCUGCAAAGAUUAUAAUGACUGGGCAAAUAUAACCAAUGACUCUAGUUGGACUUACGACAACAUAUUCCCACUCAUUAAAAGAACCGAAAAAGUAAUUGAUAGACGUAUUCUCCAAUCACCUGAUGUAGCCUACCAUGGAACACAGGGUAAUAUUGCACUGAAAAAGUACCAUACUAGCAAAAACGAUGGAUUCUAUGAGUCCUACAAAGAAAUGGGAUAUAAAGUUUUAAACGAUAUCAACGUGAAAAAUCCUAUCGGAUUUACUCCUGCAUAUUUCACUAUCAGUCAAUCCAUUAGACAAAGUACAGCCUACGGAUUUAUAAGACCUGAGAAAGACAACCCUAAUUUGAAAGUCAUGUACAGAUCACUGGUAACAAAAGUUUUGUUUGAUGAUAACAAACGUGCUACUGGAGUGGAGGUCCUUACAAAAGACGGGGAAACGAUAACUUUGUACGCAAACAAAGAGGUAAUUGUUACCGCUGGACCAAUCAAAUCACCUCAGUUGCUUAUGCUCUCUGGUAUAGGACCACAGGAACAGCUAAAAAACAAUAAAAUUGAGGUAAUUUCUGACCUACCAGUUGGACAAAAUCUUCAAGAUCAACCAACGAAUAUCAUAGUACACAAAAUGGGGGUGGUAGAGCCUACACCACCAAGAGACCCUCAUCAAUUCCCAGUCAAUGUCAUGGAUGGUAGGGUAGCCAUUAACAAAUGCCAAAACUAUGCAGACUAUCAAGUUUUAUCAGGAGUUAUGACAAAUCCAACACUGUUUCUAGAGAUCUGUCUCUUCUCGUUCACAUUUACUGAUGAAGUUUGCGGCCGUAUUUUGGAACAAAUCUCUGAUCAUCAAGUGCAUUUUAUAACGCAUAGACUUUUGUAUCCUGAAUCUCGAGGAGAGGUAAGACUUAAUUCUACUAAUCCUGAAGACAGUCCCAUAAUUGAUCCAAAGUACUAUGCAAAUGAGGAUGACUUGGAAAAGCACGCUGAAUACAUUGAGCAUUACAAUAAAAUUGUGAACACGUCUUAUUACAAACGACUUAAUGCUUCCUUUGUGGACCCUAAACUGGAGUCGUGCGAUGGUUUAGAAGUGGGAUCUAAAGCUUACUGGAAGUGUUACACAAUAGGUAUGUCUACUACUCUACACAACUACGUGGGAACCUGCGCAAUGGGAUCUGUGGUAGAUUCCAAGCUUCAAGUGAAUGGUGUUAAGAAUUUAAGAGUUGCCGAUUCCAGUGUUAUACCUAAAGUAAUUGGGUCCACGGUCCAAGGAGCUGUUAUGGUGAUUGCACAAAAAGUUAGUGAUUUGUUAGAAGAAGAGUACGGUUUGUAGAUUCAAUAAACACUGAUGUAAAAAUA